GCGCAACCUGGGCCCGUCAGCAGACUCACCAGUGGGGAGAUGUUGAAGUUCAAGUAUGGAGCCAGGAACCUACAGGAUGCUGGUAUUGCUGAGUCCAUUUCCAGCCGGGCCUCCAGGCUGAAUCUCUUCUUCCAGGGGAAAGCACCCUUUAUGACUCAACAGCAGAUGUCUGCUCUUUCCAGAGAAGGGAUAUUAGAUGCCCUCUUUGUUCUCUUUGAAGAAUGCAGUCAGCCUGCUCUGAUGAAGAUUAAGCAUGUGAGCAACUUUGUCCGGAAGUAUUCUGACAUCGUAGCUGAGUUACAGGAGCUCCAGCCUUCGGCCAAGGACUUUGAAGUGCGAAGUCUUGUAGGUUGUGGUCACUUUGCGGAAGUUCAGGUGGUCAGAGAGAAAGCGACUGGUGACAUCUAUGCCAUGAAAAUCAUGAAGAAGAAGGCCUUGCUGGCACAGGAGCAGGUCUCAUUUUUUGAGGAAGAACGGAACAUAUUAUCUCGCAGCACAAGCCCUUGGAUUCCCCAAUUACAUUAUGCCUUUCAGGACCGAAAUCACCUCUACCUGGUCAUGGAAUAUCAGCCUGGAGGGGAUUUGCUGUCACUUUUGAAUAGAUAUGAGGACCAAUUAGAUGAAAAUAUGAUUCAGUUUUACCUAGCUGAACUGAUUUUGGCGGUUCACAGCAUUCAUCAGAUGGGAUAUGUUCAUCGAGACAUCAAGCCUGAGAACGUUCUCAUUGAUCGAACUGGACACAUCAAACUGGUGGAUUUUGGAUCAGCUGCUAAAAUGAAUUUAAAUAAGGUGAAUGCUAAACUCCCGAUCGGGACUCCAGAUUACAUGGCUCCUGAAGUGUUGACGGUGCUGAACGGGGAUGGCAGAGGUACCUAUGGCCUAGACUGUGACUGGUGGUCCGUGGGAGUGAUUGCUUAUGAGAUGGUGUAUGGGAGAACCCCAUUCACAGAGGGGACCUCCGCCAGGACCUUCAAUAACAUCAUGAAUUUCCAGCGUUUUUUGAAGUUUCCUGAUGACCCCAAAGUGAGCAGUGAAUUCCUUGAUCUGAUUCAGAGCCUUCUGUGUGGGCAGAAAGAGAGACUGAAGUUUGAGGGCCUUUGCUGCCAUCCCUUCUUCUCCAGAAUAGACUGGAAUAACAUUCGCAACUCUCCUCCCCCCUUCGUUCCCACCCUCAAGUCUGAUGAUGACACCUCCAAUUUUGAUGAACCAGAGAAGAAUUCGUGGGUUUCAUCCUCUCCAUGCCAGUUGAGCCCCCUGGGUUUCUCUGGUGAAGAACUGCCGUUUGUGGGGUUUUCGUACAGCAAGGCACUGGGGAUUCUUGGUAGAUCUGAGUCUGUUGUGUCGGGUCUGGACUCCCCUGCCAAGACUAGCUCCAUGGAAAAGAAACUCCUCAUCAAAAGCAAAGAGCUUCAAGACUCUCAGGACAAGUGUCACAAGAUGGAGCAGGAAAUGACCCGGUUACAUCGGAGAGUAUCAGAGGUGGAGGCUGUGCUUAGUCAGAAGGAGGUGGAGCUGAAGGCCUCUGAGACUCAGAGAUCCCUCCUGGAGCAGGACCUUGCUACCUACAUCACAGAAUGCAGUAGCUUAAAGCGAAGUUUGGAGCAAGCGCGGAUGGAGGUGUCUCAGGAGGAUGAUAAAGCCCUGCAGCUUCUCCAUGACAUCAGAGAGCAGAGCCGGAAGCUCCAGGAGAUCAAAGAGCAGGAGUACCAGGCUCAGGUGGAAGAGAUGAGGCUGAUGAUGAAUCAGUUGGAAGAGGACCUGGUCUCCGCCAGAAGACGGAGUGAUCUCUAUGAAUCUGAGCUCAGAGAAUCUCGGCUCGCUGCUGAAGAAUUCAAGCGGAAGGCGACUGAAUGUCAGCAUAAACUGUUAAAGGCAAAGGAUCAAGGGAAACCUGAAGUAGGAGAAUAUUCCAAACUGGAGAAGGUCAAUGCAGAGCAGCAGCUCAAAAUCCAGGAGCUCCAGGAAAAGCUGGAGAAGGCUGUAAAAGCCAGCACCGAGGCCACUGAGCUGCUGCAGAAUAUCCGCCAGGCCAAGGAGCGGGCUGAGAGGGAGCUAGAGAAGUUGCAGAACCGAGAAGAUUCUUCAGAAGGCAUAAAAAAGAAGCUUGUAGAAGCAGAGGAACGCCGCCAUUCUCUGGAGAACAAGGUAAAGAGACUAGAGACCAUGGAGCGUAGAGAAAACAGACUGAAGGAUGACAUCCAGACAAAAUCCCAACAGAUCCAGCAGAUGGCUGAUAAAAUUCUGGAAUUGGAGGAGAAACAUCGAGAGGCUCAGGUCUCUGCCCAGCACCUGGAAGUACACCUGAAACAGAAAGAACAGCACUACGAGGAGAAAAUCAAGGUAUUGGACAGUCAGAUAAAGAAAGACCUGGCUGACAAGGAGAGCCUGGAGAACCUGAUGCAGAGACAUGAAGAAGAGGCCCACGAGAAGGGCAAAAUUCUCAGUGAGCAGAAGGCGAUGAUCAAUGCAAUGGAUUCCAAGAUCAGAUCUCUGGAACAGAGGAUUGUGGAACUGUCAGAAGCUAAUAAACUUGCAGCAAACAGCAGUCUCUUUACCCAAAGGAACAUGAAGGCCCAGGAAGAGAUGAUUUCAGAACUCAGGCAACAGAAAUUUUAUCUGGAGACACAGGCCGGGAAAUUGGAGGCCCAGAACCGAAAGCUGGAAGAGCAGCUGGAGAAAAUCAGCCACCAAGAUCACAGUGACAAGAAUCGGUUGCUAGAGCUGGAGACAAGGCUCAGGGAGGUCAGCCUGGAGCACGAGGAACAGAAGCUGGAGCUGAAGCGCCAGCUCACAGAGCUGCAGCUGUCCCUGCAGGAGCGUGAGUCCCAGCUGACGGCCCUGCAGGCUGCGCGGGCCGCCCUGGAGAGCCAGCUUCACCAAGCAAAGACAGAGCUGGAGGAGACAACAGCAGAAGCAGAAGAGGAGAUCCAGGCUCUCACGGCACAUAGAGAUGAAAUCCAGCGCAAAUUUGAUGCCCUUCGUAACAGCUGCACUGUAAUCACAGACCUGGAAGAGCAGCUAAACCAGUUGACUGAAGAUAAUGCUGAACUCAACAACCAAAACUUCUACUUGUCCAAACAACUUGAUGAGGCCUCUGGGGCCAAUGAUGAGAUUGUGCAGCUGCGAAGUGAAGUGGAUCACCUGCGCCGAGAGAUCACUGAAAGGGAGAUGCAGCUUACCAGCCAGAAGCAAGCACAACUGAGUGGUACUGAUUUGCAGACGAUGGAGGCUUUGAAGACCACGUGCACAAUGCUGGAAGAACAGGUGAUGGAUUUGGAGGCCCUCAACGAUGAGCUGCUGGAGAAAGAGCGCCAGUGGGAGGCCUGGAGGAGUGUCCUUGGUGAUGAGAAGUCCCAGUUUGAGUGUCGGGUUCGGGAGUUACAGAGGAUGCUGGACACUGAGAAGCAGAGCAGGGCAAGAGCUGAUCAGCGGAUCACCGAGUCUCGCCAGGUGGUAGAGUUGGCAGUGAAGGAGCAUAAGGCUGAGAUUCUCGCUCUGCAGCAGGCACUCAAAGAACAGAAGCUGAAAGCUGAGAGCCUCUCCGACAAGCUCAAUGACUUGGAGAAGAAGCAUGCCAUGCUAGAAAUGAACGCCCGAAGCUUACAGCAGAAGCUCGAGACCGAACGAGAGCUCAAGCAAAGGCUUCUGGAAGAGCAAGCCAAGUUACAGCAGCAGAUGGACCUGCAGAAGAACCACAUUUUCCGUCUGACUCAAGGCCUACAAGAAGCCCUAGAUCGGGCUGAUCUGCUCAAGACAGAAAGAAGUGAUCUGGAAUACCAGUUGGAAAACAUUCAGGUUCUCUAUUCUCAUGAAAAGGUGAAAAUGGAAGGCACUAUUUCUCAACAAACCAAACUCAUUGAUUUUCUGCAAGCCAAAAUGGACCAACCUGCUAAAAAGAAAAAGGGUUUAUUUAGUCGACGGAAAGAGGACCCUGCUUUGCCCACACAGGUUCCUCUGCAGUACAAUGAGCUGAAGCUGGCCCUGGAGAAGGAGAAAGCUCGCUGUGCAGAGCUAGAGGAAGCUCUUCAGAAGACCCGCAUUGAGCUCCGGUCCGCCCGGGAGGAAGCUGCCCACCGCAAAGCCACGGACCACCCGCACCCAUCUACGCCAGCCACUGCAAGGCAGCAGAUUGCCAUGUCUGCCAUUGUGCGGUCACCUGAGCAUCAGCCCAGUGCCAUGAGUCUGCUCGCCCCGCCGUCCAGCCGCAGAAAGGAGUCUUCAACUCCAGAGGAAUUCAGCCGGCGUCUUAAGGAGCGCAUGCACCACAACAUUCCUCACCGAUUUAAUGUAGGACUGAACAUGCGAGCCACCAAGUGUGCUGUGUGCUUGGACACUGUGCACUUUGGACGCCAGGCAUCUAAAUGUCUUGAAUGUCAGGUGAUGUGUCAUCCCAAGUGCUCCACCUGCUUGCCAGCCACCUGCGGCCUGCCUGCCGAAUAUGCCACGCACUUCACUGAGGCCUUCUGCCGGGACAAAAUGAACUCCCCAGGCCUCCAGAGCAAGGAGCCCAGUGGCAGCCUGCACCUGGAGGGGUGGAUGAAAGUGCCCAGGAAUAACAAACGAGGACAGCAAGGCUGGGACCGGAAGUACAUUGUCCUGGAAGGAUCGAAAGUUCUCAUUUAUGACAACGAAGCCAGAGAAGCUGGACAGAGGCCGGUGGAAGAGUUUGAGCUGUGCCUUCCCGACGGGGAUGUAUCUAUUCACGGUGCCGUUGGUGCUUCUGAACUCGCAAAUACAGCCAAAGCAGAUGUCCCAUACAUACUGAAGAUGGAGUCUCACCCACAUACCACCUGCUGGCCAGGGAGAACCCUCUACCUGCUGGCUCCUAGCUUUCCUGACAAACAGCGCUGGGUCACCGCCUUAGAAUCAGUGGUGGCAGGGGGGCGAGUUUCAAGAGAAAAAGCAGAAGCUGAUGCUAAAUUGCUUGGAAACUCCCUGCUGAAACUGGAAGGGGAUGACCGCCUAGACAUGAACUGUACUCUGCCCUUCAGUGACCAGGUGGUGCUGGUGGGCACCGAGGAAGGGCUAUAUGCACUGAAUGUCUUGAAAAACUCCUUAACCCACGUCCCAGGAAUUGGAGCUGUCUUCCAAAUUUACAUCAUCAAGGACCUGGAGAAGCUACUCAUGAUAGCAGGUGAAGAGCGAGCUCUGUGUCUGGUGGAUGUGAAGAAGGUGAAGCAGUCCCUGGCACAGUCACACCUUCCAGCCCAGCCUGACAUCUCGCCCAAUGUGUUCGAAGCUGUCAAGGGCUGCCAUUUGUUUGGUGCAGGCAAGAUUGAGAAUGGGCUCUGCAUCUGUGCAGCCAUGCCCAACAAAGUCGUCAUCCUCCGCUACAACGAAAACCUCAGCAAGUACUGCAUUCGGAAGGAGAUAGAGACCUCUGAGCCCUGCAGCUGUAUCCACUUCACCAAUUACAGUAUCCUCAUUGGAACCAACAAAUUCUACGAAAUCGACAUGAAGCAGUACACACUCGAGGAGUUCCUGGACAAGAAUGACCACUCCUUGGCUCCGGCUGUGUUUGCCUCGUCGUCCAACAGCUUUCCUGUGUCCAUCAUGCAGGUGAAUGGAGCAGGGCAGCGAGAGGAGUACCUGCUGUGCUUCCACGAAUUUGGGGUGUUCGUGGAUUCUUACGGAAGGCGUAGCCGCACAGAUGAUCUCAAGUGGAGUCGCUUACCUUUGGCCUUUGCCUACAGAGAACCCUACUUGUUUGUGACCCACUUCAACUCGCUUGAAGUCAUUGAGAUCCAGGCACGCUCCUCCCUGGGGACCCCUGCCCGAGCCUAUUUGGAAAUUCCAAACCCACGCUACCUGGGCCCUGCAAUUUCCUCGGGAGCCAUUUACCUGGCUUCCUCAUACCAGGAUAAAUUAAGGGUCAUUUGCUGCAAAGGAAACCUCGUGAAGGAGUCCAGCACUGAGCAUCACCGGGUGCCCUCCACCUCCCGCAGUAGCCCCAACAAGCGAGGCCCGCCCACCUACAACGAGCACAUCACCAAGCGUGUGGCCUCCAGCCCGGCGCCCCCUGAAGGCCCCAGCCACCCCCGCGAGCCCAGCACGCCCCACCGCUACCGUGACCGCGAGGGCCGGACCGAGCUGCGCAGGGACAAGUCCCCGGGCCGCCCGCUGGAGCGGGAGAAGUCCCCGGGCCGCAUGCUGAGCACGCGCCGGGAGCGCUCCCCGGGCCGGCUCUUCGACGACAGCAGCCGAGGCCGGCUGCCCGCUGGCGCCGUGCGGACCCCGCUGUCCCAGGUGAACAAGGUCUGGGACCAGUCUUCAGUAUAAAUCUCAGCCAGAAAACCAA